AUGAGCUGGAUCUUUACUUUAUGCUGUGGAGCAACAAGGAAAAAGUAUGUUGUUACAUUGCUAGGAUUGCAGGAGGACCAAAGGCAUGUCCUGAGGCAUUCGAUUUCGAACUACAAGAUGGACAAGUCCCUCAGGCCCUUUUCUGAAGACACCUGCAUUGCAAACGGAAUGGAGCUGAUUCUUCAGUCACUAGACGACAAUGCAGAUCUAUAUGAGAUAAGGGGAAUCCACAUGGGCCUUGCAGCGGGAGUAAUCUUUGCAGUAGAUGCAGAUAGCAAAAGCUCGGUUGAGAAGUGUAUUGCGCUCAUCAACGAAGACACAACGAAGACAAAAGACAUUAUUGUUGUUCUUUGCAGAUCUAAUAUCUAUGGGAAUGAGUCUGUACAGGAGCUCAAGAGGACCUGUGAUGAGAUAGGGCAUGGGAAGAUCGAGUUUAUUCUCUACGAGGAAUCAAAGGCAUUUCUAGGUGUUCAUAGGGGGAUAAAUUGGAUAUGCAAUCGGUUAGAGGAAUGA